GUUCCAGCCCGCCCCCGCCGCCAUUUUCGAUGUUAUUUUUCUGUAGCGUACUGUAUUUUGUCAGAUUUGAAUGAAUUAAUUUGUCUGGGUAGUAAUCAGUUUUGGUCAUUACAUAUUUGUCGCCUCCAAUUUUUGGAGUGGCUGCAAUUCUCUCUGUUCAGCCAGGGACUACGUUUUAGGCCGCCAUGUACAUCAAACAGGUCAUCAUCCAAGGAUUCCGAAGUUACAGGGACCAGACGGUCGUGGACCCUUUUAGUCCAAAGCACAAUGUUAUUGUUGGAAGAAAUGGAUCUGGAAAAAGUAACUUCUUCUAUGCCAUUCAGUUUGUGCUCAGCGAUGAGUUUAGCCAUCUUCGGCCUGAACAGCGACUCGCUUUGCUCCAUGAGGGAACUGGUCCUCGUGUCAUUUCAGCCUUUGUGGAGAUCAUAUUUGACAACUCUGACAACCGUCUUCCAAUUGACAAAGAAGAAGUCUCUCUUCGCCGUGUAAUUGGUGCCAAGAAAGACCAGUAUUUCUUGGACAAAAAGAUGGUGACGAAAAAUGAUGUCAUGAACCUUCUGGAAAGUGCUGGCUUCUCCCGCAGCAACCCAUACUAUAUUGUAAAACAAGGAAAGAUCAACCAAAUGGCCACAGCCCCGGACUCCCAGCGUCUGAAGUUGUUGAGGGAAGUGGCUGGGACACGAGUGUAUGAUGAAAGAAAGGAGGAGAGCAUUUCUCUUAUGAAAGAGACAGAGGGAAAGAGAGAGAAGAUCAAUGAGUUGUUGAAAUACAUCGAGGAGCGGCUGCACACCCUGGAGGAUGAGAAGGAGGAGCUGGCUCAGUAUCAGAAGUGGGACAAGAUGAGAAGAGCCCUGGAGUAUACAAUCUACAACCAGGAACUGAAUGAAACCCGUGCCAAACUGGAUGAGCUGUCCAGCAAAAGAGAGACCUGUGGGGACAAGUCCAGACAACUACGGGAUGCUCAGCAAGAUGCUAGAGACAAAGUGGAGGAGACGGAACGUGUCGUGAGGGAGCUGAAAUCUAAGAUCUCAGCCAUGAAGGAGGAAAGGGAGCAACUAUCAGCCGAGCGUCAGGAGCAGAUCAAGCAGAGGACCAAACUGGAACUGAAGGCGAAGGACCUCCAAGAUGAGUUGGCAGGGAACAGCGAACAGAGGAAACGACUGCUCAAAGAACGCCAAAAACUGCUAGAGAAAAUUGAAGAGAAGCAAAAGGAACUUCAAGAGACAGAACCCAAAUUCAACAUGGUGAAAGAGAAAGAGGAGCGUGGCAUCUCCAGACUGGCACAGGCAACCCAAGAGAGAACAGACUUGUAUGCCAAGCAGGGACGUGGGAGUCAGUUCACCUCCAAAGAGGAGAGAGACAAGUGGAUCAAGAAAGAGUUGAAAUCGUUGGACCAAGCGAUCAACGAUAAAAAAAGGCAGAUAGCAGCGAUCAACAAAGACCUAGAGGACACAGAAACCAACAAGGAGAGGAACCUUGAGCAGUACAGUAAACUUGAUCAAGACCUUAAUGAAGUCAAGACCCGUGUUGAGGAGCUGGAUAAAAAGUACUAUGAGGUCAAGAACAAGAAGGAUGAACUACAGAGUGAAAGAAACUACUUGUGGCGUGAAGAAAACGCUGAGCAACAAGCCCUGGCUGCCAAACGUGAGGACCUGGAAAAGAAACAGCAGCUUCUUCGAGCUGCAACAGGAAAGGCCAUUCUAAACGGUAUCGAUAGCAUCAACAAAGUCCUGGAGCAUUUCCGCCGCAAAGGGAUAAACCAGCAUGUCAUCAAUGGUUACCAUGGCAUCGUCAUGAAUAACUUUGAAUGUGAACCUGCUUUUUACACUUGUGUGGAGGUGACAGCUGGUACCAGGUUGUUCUACCACAUUGUGGAGACCGAUGAAGUCAGCACAAAAAUACUGAUGGAGUUCAACAAAAUGAACCUCCCAGGAGAAGUUACAUUCCUGCCUCUCAGUAAGCUGGAUGUCAGAGACACUGCCUACCCUGAGACCAAUGAUGCUAUACCUAUGAUCAGCAAGCUCCGCUACAGUCAGAACUUUGACAAGGCCUUCAAGCACGUCUUUGGAAAGACUCUGAUUUGCCGCAGCAUGGAGGUUUCAACUCAGCUGGCCAGAGCCUUCACAAUGGACUGUAUCACGCUCGAAGGUGACCAGGUGAGCCAUCGAGGAGCUCUGACUGGAGGUUAUUAUGAUACCAGAAAAUCUCGUCUGGAGCUGCAAAAGGACAUGAGAAAAGCAGAGGAGGAGUUGGGCGAGCUGGAGGCCAAGCUCAACGAGAAUUUGCGCAGAAACAUUGAACGCAUCAACAAUGAGAUUGACCAACUGAUGAACCAGAUGCAGCAGAUCGAGACGCAGCAGAGAAAGUUCAAGGCAUCUCGGGAUAGUAUCCUGUCAGAGAUGAAAAUGCUAAAAGAGAAAAGGCAGCAGUCAGAGAAGACAUUCAUGCCCAAACAACGAAGUCUUCAAAGUCUAGAGGCCAGCCUCCAUGCCAUGGAGUCCACUCGGGAGUCUCUCAAGGCUGAGCUUGGAACGGAUCUGCUUUCUCAGCUGAGCCUGGAGGAUCAGAGGCGUGUGGACGACCUGAAUGAUGAGAUCCGUCAGCUUCAGCAGGACAACAGGCAGUUGUUAAACGAGAGGAUCAAGUUGGAGGGAAUCAUGACCAGAGUGGAGACGUACCUUAAUGAGAAUUUAAGGAAAAGACUCGACCAAGUCGAGCAGGAGCUCAAUGAACUGCGUGAGACUGAAGGGGGAACAGUUCUGACAGCCACCACGUCAGAGCUGGAUGGCAUCAACAAACGUGUCAAAGACACGUUGUCACGAUCAGAAGAUUUGGAUGCACUUAUCGACAAGACGGAGGGUGAGAUCAAGGACCACAUCAAGAGCAUGGAGCGCUGGAAGAACAUCGAGAAGGAACAGAAUGAUGCCAUCAACCAUGACACCAAGGAGCUGGAGAAGAUGACCAACAGACAGGGCAUGCUGCUGAAGAAGAAGGAGGAGUGCAUGAAGAAGAUCCGGGAGUUGGGCUCGCUGCCUCAGGAGGCUUUUGAGAAAUACCAGACUCUCACACUCAAACAGUUGUUCCGUAAAUUGGAGCAGUGCAACACAGAGCUAAAGAAGUACAGCCAUGUUAACAAGAAGGCUCUGGACCAGUUUGUUAACUUCUCUGAGCAAAAAGAAAAGCUCAUCAAGCGUCAGGACGAGCUGGACCGCGGCUACAAAUCCAUCAUGGAGCUCAUGAAUGUCCUGGAGCUGCGCAAGUAUGAAGCCAUCCAGCUGACUUUUAAACAGGUGUCAAAGAACUUCAGCGAGGUGUUUCAGAAGCUGGUCCCGGGAGGGAAAGCCACGUUGGUGAUGAAGAAAGGUGAUGCAGAGGGCAGUCAGUCUCAGGAUGAGAGCGAGGGGGGCACCGACAGCGAGAAAGGCUCCGGAUCGCAGAGCAGUGUUCCUUCAGUCGACCAGUUCACUGGAGUAGGAAUCAGAGUGUCCUUCACUGGCAAACAAGGUGAGAUGAGGGAGAUGCAGCAGCUGUCUGGAGGACAGAAGUCUCUGGUGGCUCUGGCUCUGAUCUUUGCCAUCCAGAAGUGUGAUCCGGCUCCCUUCUACCUCUUUGAUGAGAUCGACCAGGCGCUGGAUGCGCAGCACAGGAAGGCUGUUUCUGACAUGAUUGUUGAGCUGGCUGGACACGCUCAGUUCAUCACCACCACUUUCAGACCCGAGCUGCUGGAGUCUGCAGACAAGUUCUAUGGUGUCAAAUUCAGGAACAAGGUGAGUCACAUUGAUGUGAUCACGGCGGAGCAGGCCAAAGACUUCGUGGAGGACGACACCACCCAUGGCUGAGACCACAGAGCUCCUCACCUGCUCCACAUCUGUUGGGACUACCAAGUCCAGUGUCUGCCACAGUCAUCGUUCCAUUUUGUUAAAGGUUUAAGUUGCUUUUAAUGGUGCAGAAAAAUGUAAUUUGCUCACUAUUUCCUCUUGUUGCUGUGGCCUGGUUUGACAGUUCGAGUUACUUAAACACUUGUAUAUAUAGUUCACCUAUACUUAAUGAAGUGCUUUGGUCGUGAAGCUUCAGAGCUCCGUGGAAGAGGUUUCUAAUUCUGUACUUUUUAUAGUGUUAACUUUUUUGUAACAGUGCUGUUUCCUCAAGACAUUUUUAUAACGUAAGCAUUUCCAUAACACUGUAUCACAUUAAGUCGUUUGUAAUUUCACCAUUUGAAAGUUCUCCCAUGGUGUUGACUUGUUUUGGGCUCCUUCAUUGACCCAACAUGAUGUCUCCUAUCUUGCAGUACAGUUCUACUCUUAAUGUGUUGCUUGUGUCAUGUGACUCUUGUACCGAGUCUCAAACGUUCAACUGUACUACAUGUUCCUUUUUUUUCAUAGUAGAAUAAACAAAUAAAUAAUCCUGUC